AUGAAAGACUGGGAAGUUCACAAAAAUAGUAAUGAAUUAGCAUCUGAGCAACCUUGGACACAUGAAGUAAUUACUGAUAUUGCUUUAAAAAAAAAUUUUGAUGCUUUUGAUAGCCGAAAUAUUAAACAAUGCCGUGAUAAUCGUCUUAUUCUAAAAUCUAAAGCGUUAUUAAAUAUCUUGGAUCAAUAUUCCGAUGAAGAAGAUUUGUACCACCCAAAAGAAGAAAUUAAACUUAUUCUCCAUAAAUAUGAAGAACAUCAAGAACUUCACCCACAAGAUAAAAAGCAAUUAAUUGUCUCACUAAUGUAUUGGCGCUCAGAUGAACAUAAUAGAUUACGAGCUAUUUUAAAUCAAAAAGCUGGUAUUCAAUGUCCAAGCAGGUGGUCACCUUAUUUGAAAGGAAAAAAAAAGGAUAGUGGCACAUUAAAGCAUGUUUAUCCUGAAUCCGAACAUUCACAAUAUGAAGAAUUAAUUAGUUUCUUAUUCGAAAAGUUGUCUUUUCUUCCUGAUUGGGCUUAA